CGCCCUCAGCCUUCCUAUCCCCCGCCCUUCCACCAUGGCCGCCUCUGUGUGGUGUAGGGAGAAGCUGGUCCUCCGUGUCCUCCUAUAGCGCUUACUGCCUCACCUUCACCCCUUAGGGGCCGGAUCCAAAGAAGCCUCGCUCCUCAACCCUUGGGGCACCAACUAGGAAGAUUUCCUACCCCCUACUUCAGGAGCAGGAUUCCUCUUUUCCCCCCACCAGGAAACGGGGUAGAAACUUAGGGUUUUCCCUUCUCUUAGGGUCAGAAGCUCUUAGGGUCCACCACUGCAGGGGCGGAAGCCUCUCCUGCCCUUCCCAUAGGGGCACAGACCUUUACCCCACUAUACUCCGGCGCUAGCGGCUUUCCUUCAGCACUGCCACUGCAAAGUCAGGACCUAGAGGACCGUCCGCCUUCACCCGCUCCGCAGGCGCGGCCUUUUGGAGGGAGGAGUGGAGAGGACAGGGACCCUUGCCCUCCUCUCCCCCCACUUGUUCCUCUUGCCCCUGGUCCCUGGCAACCCAGAGUUCCCCAUUUCUAGGACUCUCCACCCAUCCACUCCCUGACCUUUUCCUGUCUCCUGGCUGCAGCCAUGGAGUUACAGAAGGGAAAAGGGACAGCAGCAGCUGCUGCUUCGGGAGCAGCGGGAGGUGGAGGAGGAGGAGCGGGAGCAGGAGCCCCAGGAGGGGGGAGGCUGCUACUUUCAACCAGUUUGGAUGCCAAGGAUGAGUUAGAGGAGAGGUUGGAAAGGUGUAUGAGCAUUGUGACGUCGAUGACUGCUGGUGUCUCUGAGAGAGAGGCCAAUGAUGCCCUCAAUGCCUAUGUAUGCAAAGGGCCCCCCCAGCAUGAGGAAAUUUGCCUGGGCCUCUUUACUCUUGUCCUUACUGAACCUGCACAAGCCCAGAAGUGUUACCGCGACUUGGCUCUGGUGAGUCGUGACGGCAUGAAUAUUGUCCUGAAUAAAAUCAACCAGAUACUUAUGGAGAAGUACCUGAAGUUGCAGGAUACCUGCCGUACUCAGUUGGUGUGGUUGGUACGGGAACUAGUGAAGAGUGGGGUUCUGGGAGCCGAUGGUGUGUGCAUGACAUUUAUGAAGCAGAUAGCAGGUGGAGAUGUUACAGCCAAAAAUAUCUGGUUGGCAGAAAGUGUUCUGGAUAUCCUGACGGAGCAGAGGGAGUGGGUCCUGAAGAGCAGCAUCCUCAUCGCCAUGGCUGUUUACACGUACCUCCGCCUCAUUGUCGACCACCACGGGACCGCCCAGCUCCAGGCUCUGCGGCAGAAGGAAGUGGACUUCUGCAUCUCACUGCUUCGGGAGCGGUUCAUGGAAUGUUUGAUGAUUGGUCGAGACCUUGUAAGACUACUCCAGAAUGUUGCUAGGAUACCAGAAUUUGAACUGCUUUGGAAAGAUAUUAUCCAUAACCCUCAGGCCUUGAGUCCUCAGUUCACAGGUAUCCUGCAGCUUCUUCAGUCAAGAACAUCCCGAAAAUUCCUAGCAUGUCGUCUAACCCCAGACAUGGAGACUAAGCUCCUCUUCAUGACAUCCCGGGUACGGUUUGGGCAACAAAAGCGAUAUCAGGAUUGGUUCCAGCGCCAGUACCUGUCAACUCCAGACAGUCAGUCUCUGCGCUGUGACCUCAUUCGCUACAUCUGUGGGGUAGUCCACCCUUCUAAUGAAGUACUGAGUUCAGACAUCUUGCCCCGGUGGGCCAUCAUUGGUUGGCUCCUGACAACAUGCACGUCGAAUGUUGCUGCCUCUAAUGCCAAGCUGGCUUUGUUUUACGACUGGCUGUUCUUUAGUCCAGACAAGGAUAGCAUUAUGAACAUAGAACCAGCUAUCCUGGUCAUGCAUCACUCCAUGAAGCCUCACCCAGCCAUCACUGCCACACUCCUGGACUUCAUGUGCCGCAUUAUUCCCAACUUCUAUCCACCAUUGGAGGGCCAUGUGCGUCAAGGUGUCUUUUCCUCCCUCAACCACAUUGUGGAGAAACGGGUCUUGGCACACCUGGCUCCCCUGUUUGACAAUCCUAAAUUGGAUAAAGAGCUGCGGGCAAUGCUGAGAGAGAAGUUUCCUGAGUUCUGCAGCUCACCGUCCCCGCCUGUGGAAGUUAAAAUUGAGGAGCCAGUUUCCAUGGAGAUGGACAACCAUAUGUCAGAUAAGGAUGAGAGUUGCUACGACAAUGCAGAGGCAGCCUUCAGUGACGAUGAGGAAGAUCUCAACAGCAAAGGAAAGAAGAGAGAGUUUCGCUUCCACCCGAUCAAGGAGACAGUCGUGGAGGAGCCUGUUGAUAUCACCCCUUACCUUGACCAGUUGGAUGAGUCCCUAAGGGACAAAGUACUCCAGCUACAGAAGGGGAGUGAUACGGAGGCCCAGUGUGAGGUCAUGCAGGAAAUCGUGGACCAGGUCCUGGAGGAAGACUUUGACUCGGAGCAGCUGUCUGUCCUCGCUUCCUGCCUGCAGGAGCUCUUCAAGGCCCACUUUCGAGGGGAAGUGCUGCCUGAGGAGGUUACUGAGGAGUCCCUGGAGGAGUCUGUAGGAAAGCCUCUCUACCUAAUAUUUAGGAACCUGUGCCAGAUGCAGGAGGACAACAGCAGCUUCUCUCUGCUCCUGGACCUUCUCUCUGAGCUAUAUCAGAAGCAGCCCAAGAUUGGCUACCACCUGCUCUACUACCUGAGGGCCAGCAAAGCUGCCGCGGGGAAGAUGAACCUGUACGAGUCAUUUGCCCAGGCCACUCAGCUGGGCGAUCUGCACACGUGCCUAAUGAUGGACAUGAAGGCCUGCCAGGAAGACGACGUGCGGCUGCUGUGCCACCUCACACCCUCCAUCUACACAGAGUUUCCAGAUGAAACCUUGAGGAGCGGAGAGCUGCUGAACAUGAUCGUGGCUGUUAUUGACUCUGCACAGCUCCAGGAGCUGGUCUGCCACGUGAUGAUGGGGAACCUGGUCAUGUUCCGAAAAGACUCGGUCCUCAACAUACUCAUCCAGAGCCUGGACUGGGAAACCUUUGAGCAAUAUUGUGCCUGGCAGCUCUUCCUGGCCCACAACAUCCCCCUGGAGACCAUAAUCCCGAUCUUGCAGCACCUCAAAUACAAGGAGCACCCAGAGGCCCUGUCCUGCCUCCUGCUUCAGCUCCGAAGAGAGAAGCCCAGCGAGGAGAUGGUGAAGAUGGUGCUGAGCCGGCCCUGCCACCCUGACGACCAGUUCACCACCAGCAUCCUGCGGCACUGGUGCAUGAAGCACGACGAGCUGCUGGCCGAGCACAUCAAGUCCUUGCUCAUCAAGAACAACAGCCUCCCCCGCAAGAGACAGAGCCUGAGGAGCUCCAGCAGCAAGCUGGCCCAGCUGACCCUGGAGCAGAUCCUGGAGCACUUGGAUAACCUGCGACUCAACCUGACCAACACCAAGCAGAACUUUUUUAGCCAGACCCCAAUCCUCCAGGCGCUGCAGCAUGUCCAGGCGAGCUGUGACGAAGCCCACAAGAUGAAGUUCAGUGAUCUCUUCUCCCUGGCGGAGGAAUACGAGGACUCUUCCACCAAACCACCCAAGAGCCGGCGAAAAGCAGCUCUGUCCAGCCCUCGAAGUCGGAAGAAUGCCACACAGCCCCCCAAUGCUGAGGAAGAGUCCGGUUCCAGCAGUGCUUCGGAGGAAGAAGACACAAAACCGAAGCCCACCAAGCGGAAACGAAAAGGGUCCUCUGCAGUGGGUUCUGACAGUGACUGAGGCCCUGUGGUCCCCAUCCCACCCCCAGUUGGACGGCCCUCUUCUCCUUGGUGAAUCAGAGGUUAAUAGGCGCGAGGGAAGUAAAAGGGAACCAGGCUCUUCCAUCCCCAAGCUCACCGGUGAGGAUGAGCUUUCUCCUCUGGCCCAGCCCGAGAAGCUGCCAUGCAGCCCCAGCCCCUCCCCUCCUCUGCCGGGGCCGCAGCCCCUCACACUGCUGCCCCCACUGAUGUUUGGGUUCUCCCUGAAGCCAGAGGCUGUGCAAAAUAGGACCAUGGUGGAAGUCCUCAGCCCCCCGACUCCUCCCCAGUCUCUGAAAGAGCCAUUUCAACAGAGAAGGGAAAGGAGCAGCUGGCCAGAGAAACUAGGAUGACAGUAGAGACUCCCUGUGUAGGUGUCCCUUCCUGCUUCCCCUUCAGGUGUUGAUUUGCUCUAAACAGGCAUUUUAUAGUCAUUCCCUCCACGCACCAGUAUGAAACAGCUGACUAAUCGGAGUGGUCUGGCUGCCCAUUCCCAAUCAGGGGGCAAAUGUCAUAAGCAUUCAGGGAGGAACCUGAAAGGGUGGCCACAGCCCCACGCAGUGUGCCCUGGAGGCUUGGGUUGGCCUGAGAGGUUGGCACCUCAAGCUGGGCCAGAGCCCAGGGUAGUCCCAGAGGCAAGUUCCACAGAACUGUCAAGUGGUCCCAUUUCCUUGGGUCUGUUUUCUUUUUCUUACUUUUUUUUUUUGGCAGAGAUAAUCGUGUCUUAAAAGUUGUUUUUAAAUGACAAUAAAACUAGCCAGAAUGUCUUUUGUGCUGGAGUUUCCACAGGCAUCAGGCAUUUACCUUGUGCAUGUCCAGGUGGUCUUGAUUUCAUUGGCACCCUAGUUGUAGCCUCACAACAUCCCCCUUUUCCCUUCCUCCCCACCCCCGCUUUUGUCUAGAGCAGGAGAGACUUGGCUUUGUCCCCCCACUUGGCUUUGUCCCCCCCCAAUCCUUCCUGCCACCACUGGAGGUGGGAGCCAGGCACUGACCUGUCCGUGCAGAAACUGAUGCUGGCACCAUCUCCCUGUAGGCCGAGAUCUGCCUGCACCCCUUUCUCCUCCAAGAAACUAGAGGCUUCCAGAAGCUGAUGUUUGCCAUACUCGCUCUAAUUUAUUAAGUCUGUACGCUCCCAUUACUGGAGGGCUAACUGCUUGACGGGGGAGCGAUGCUCCAACUUGGCUCCAAGCACAGAAGUGUGCUUGGUGGAGAGUUCCAGCACCAGGGCUGGGCGGGCCUCUUCCUUUCACAGUCUGGCCACUUGCUGGUCCACAUGUACACCGGCCAUGCAUUUUGUUCUCCUACCGUCCAGGGGGGUUGGCAGUGGGCUGAAGAGAGAGGAGUGAAGCGUGGGCUAACUGCAGGCAGCUCCUCCUGUUCAGCCUGCAAAUUUGUCUGUUUACAGAAUCAAGGUCUCCCCUCCUCAAAGCUGCUACUCUACUCCUUUCUUUGAAAAUCUAAACCACUGGAGGCCUCUUUUUCCCUCCUCUCUCCUUCCCCAGUUUCCUUUGCGCCAAUUAAAAUCAGGAUGGAAAGCA